AUGGCGAAAGUCGGGAAGGUGUUGGCGACGAUCAAGGCGGUUAUAACCAGGCUGGUCUUCGCGUGCCACGGUAUCAUCGCCAUAUGGCAGGUGACUUUAUUCAAGGACAGCAUUGAAUACUGGUACCUGGCCUCGCCGAUCCUCCUCCUCAUCAUCGAGGGCGUCUUCACGCUGACCAUCAAAGACAACCAGGAGUGGAAGUGGUUCUGCCCUUCUGUGUUCAUCUACCUGGGCUUGGUGGUGCCGGCGAUAUGGCUCCUGGAACUCCACAAGGUGGACCUUCGUCUGCAGAAGAAGGCGAACCUUACUUACAUCGAGACGGAAAUCCCUCUACCGGGCGCCACGAAGAUCCCGACGGACAUGUGGGUGACUCUGAUCGAGCAGUUCCUCAUGCUGACCCUCAUAGUGGGACGGUGGCUGCUGCCCAAGGGUGACCUGACCAGGGAUCAGCUCAGCCAACUCCUGCUCGUGUAUAUCGGCACCGCGGCGGACAUCAUAGAGUUCUUCGAUUCGUUCAAAGACGAGAAGGUGGCCACGGAGAAGGUGCUGGUGCUUCUCACCCUCGCGAUCUGGUCCUGGUCACUGAUGCAGUUCACCGUGGUGCUGACCGCGACCAAGUCCCGGAAGACCAGGGGCACCGCUCAUAGGUCUGACAUGAACACAAGCCGCGCAUGCUGCUGUUCUAUAGAAGUCUGCGCUAUUAUCAUGAACAUAGCGUUACAGGACGCUCCGUUCCUGGCGUUCCGUCUCCUCAUAAUAGCCCACUACAAGAUUAUAAACUACAUGAACAUAUUCUUCACUUGCAAGAACACGCUGGUAAUUCUACUGCAGAUAUAUAGACUGUACGUCUUACAUUUAGAGACCGUAGAAGAAGGCACCGGGUCCGUAUAUAGAAAGAGACGGAAACAUAAGUCCGAUAAGAAAGAGCAGGACAAGAAGCGAGCUAGACAGCACAAAACGAGGAAGCACAAGAAGAGGCACGAAGUCGGCGAGACCUCCGUGUCGGUCAUCAGCGACCCCAAGCGCCACACCAGGGUCGAAGGCGGAAGGAUCAGAGCUAUUAUACUCACGAACACCGAUGAAAUCAAGGAGCUGGAGCUGACCAAGCUGUUCAAAGACCAAGUUGGGAUUGAGAACGAGAAGAAGAAGGGGGCCAAGAGGAAGCAGAAAUCGGAGUCUUCGGAGGGCUCGAACAUCAUACACCACACAACCGACGACUCGGGCAUU